GUUUUGAAAAGAAAUACAUGUUUGUAAAUAAAUGGAAGUGAUGAGAUUAUGAAUGAUUUGAAUAAUGAGAUAGGAAGAAUUUUAGCCCAUCCAGAAAGUCUGGCAUACAAAAUCGUGCACAUUUCCGUAAUAAAAAUGAACUCUUGAACUUAUACAAUACAGUGAGUUGCAUUUUUCCAAAAUUGGGUAGUCAGGAUGUCUUGUAGUUAUGCAGAUGGCCUUUCUAAUUAUGAAAAUAAAGGAGUUUUAGGAAGCCCAGAGAAAUUUGAUUCAGAGGAAAAAGUAGAGUCUAAAUGUAACCUUCUCAUAGAAUGGAUUAAAAACUCCAAACACAUAGUUGUUCAUACUGGGGCAGGAAUAAGUACAGCAGCUGGUAUACCAGACUUCAGGGGUCCUAAUGGUGUCUGGACACUGGAAAAGCAAGGCAAAAAACCAAACAUCAGCAUCUCCUUUAAUGAAGCCAUUCCUACAAAAACACACAUGGCACUCAAACAUUUGAUAGAAAAAAACUAUGUCCACUAUAUCAUCAGCCAGAAUAUAGAUGGCUUGCAUUUAAGAUCUGGUAUCCCCAGAAAUUGCAUUGCAGAAUUACAUGGUAAUAUGUUUACAAGCCAAUGCAACGUUUGUGAGAGCCAAUUUGUUAGAACCGAAGCUACCUCAACCGUAGGUAAAAAAUCCCUUAAUGAAGACUGUAAAAGAUCUGCUGUGCUUCGUGGUAGAAGUUGUAGGGGAAAAUUACAUGACACCAUUUUGGAUUGGGAGGACAGUCUUCCGGAAUUCGACCUUGAAAUGUCAGAUUAUCACUCGAGUUUGGCAGAUCUCAAUAUUUGUUUAGGCACCACUCUACAAAUCGUACCUAGUGGUAAUUUACCUCUCAGGUGCAAAAAAUAUGGUGGAAAAGUUGUUGUCGUCAAUUUACAACCAACCAAACAUGACAAGAAGGCUGAUUUAAUCAUAAACACUUACGUAGAUGCCGUUCUGGCAAAAAUAAUGAAGAAAUUAGGUCUGGAAAUUCCCGAAUAUCACCAAACAAUCGACCCAACCAAAAAUCGAGAACUAAUAGAAUGGAACAUCUCGAAAAAAGAUGUUAUCGAUAUGAAAGCUAGGUACGAAAAAAUAGUCAAAGAUUACAAAAAGAGAAAGUCUGAAGAAAAAUUGAUAAAGAGCCAACACAAAAUCCCAAAGAAUGAAGAUUGGAUGAAGAAAAAUGAGAUUGGCAAGAAAGGACUAAUUUUUAAAGCUGAAAAACCUGAGGAUGAGGAUGACGAUGACAAUGAAUUCAUUGAAUGACACCAAAGUUCCAUAAUUGCAUUCAUCAGCAGAUUUUUUUAAAUCUCAUUAAUUCAAUAUGACAUUAUUUUUUAUGCAUGGUAUGGUAGGCUGGAAAAAUAAAACUAUGAUUGGAAUUUUAAUACUUUUUUAUUAAGAUAAAAACCUAAAAACCAAAAGGCUCCUGAAUAAGGCUACUAAUAAAUUCAAUAUAAUUAUCACAAUAUAUCAUUCUACUCCUAAUUUUUCGAAAAUGUCGCCAAAUAAACUGGAUAUAAAACAAAAUAUCUUUCAAAUUCAAGAGACAACUUCAAUAAUAUGUAGACAAUAUUUGUUCGUUCUGUACAGAGCGGCAAACAAACUAACCUUUGAAAACUUAAUAAGUUGCAUGAACAAUUCUACACCAUAAUUAUUUUGAAUCAAUUUGAAAAAUCUGAAAUGUUGAAUAAAAAUCAGUGGAAUUAAUGUUUGCUGAAAUAGAUUUGUGACAUUUGACGUUAAUGAUCAAGUCAGACAUGCUACUGUAAUUUCACCGUAGACAUACAUGAAGAAUCAGAAAUUUUGAUUGCCUUAUUAGUAACCGAAAAAAGGUUUGAUUAAAAAAUAGAGAAUAUAAUUUCAGCUUUGGUAACUAUAGAAUGAAUAUAAUUAAACAGAAAAUACAACAUUUUGGCGAAAACAAACCGUAAUUGAAAGAAAUAGCAUUUUAAUUGACUAGAGAAAAUUCACGUCUGGAAAAAAUGUCUACUCCAGAACUCACAUAAAAAAAUGUCGGAUAAAAAACUUGGCACUUUCUCUAAGAUAUGUCAAAAAUAAUUCAUUACCUACAUUGCAUUUGUUGAAAUAAAUUUAAAAUAAUACUAUAAGUUAUCACACUAUACUAUGAGACAUUCAUGAGCCUGUAUAUCUUUUUACUCAUGCUUCACAAAUAAAUAAUUUGAGUGCACCAAAACACGUUCUACAAGUAGUGCACCAAUAUGGUUAUAAAAUACGACUGUACAACUUUUCUAAAUCAAAUUUAAAAAAUUAGACCAGGGCCGAUAAUUUUUCAAAACGAUAAAAACAUAGUAGGGGCUCUGGUCUAAAUCUUUAUUUAGUGCCCAUACGAACUGUACUCAAACUUUUCUCCACUUUUCAUUGGAAAUCUUGUGUUUAGACGUCAACUGGACAUAAAUUUUCCAAUAUGGAACGAUAUACAAGGCGUCGUAUGUCAAAUUGAGUGUAACUUACAGGAAAAUAGAGAUUCGUCAACUUAGCUCAACAUGGCUGUCGUUUUCGGAAUAUCAUUCGUCGUCAAGUCACUGAAUAGCUGAAAAUCUUUAGGGUAUCUCCAAUGCAGUAAUGAAUUUGCGCCUUCGAAGUGCCCAUCUGAUGUUAGGUUCAGAUAUUCGAAAAACGGAUUCUAAUAGUUAAUAUCCAAGGUCCUGACGUAUACAGUUUCAUGUCUUGAUUGUUGGAUGUUUUGUGCCCAAAGAGCGAAAAACAGUGACAAAGCGAUGACAAAAUGGAAUAGAAUGCAUAGAACUGAAUGGAGAAAACAAGACAGGUGGAUACACCUCCAUAUUGGAGGUCUGACCAAAUAAAAAGUGUAACACUAUUUUCGUCACUCUGUCCAUAGUGUCUACAUCUGACUCGCCAUUUCUUUUUAAUCAAUUUGUGAUGGCAGCUCAAAGACAAAACGUCGGUUUGGAAAUCAGAUAACACCAUAGGGUGAAAGAAAAAAAUUAGCAAUGAGAAUGUGUAAUUAGUGUGAUGAAAAAUCACGAUUUUUCGUUUUUCCAAAAAUGUUUGGAAACAUACGGCAUUUUGUUGGACAUAAAAUUGCGCAACAUAGCGAUUUUACUGACCCUGUAUCUCUCACGGUUUACGAAACCCCUAUGAUGAAUGAUGAAGCACGAAUUCCAGCCACACUGUAUAUAAAAUCUAUCAACUACCUUGUGAAAAUUCCACUAUAGUUGAAAAAUAAUCAGAAGAGUUAUUCUGAGUGCUCUCGAGAUUUUUUACAGUCGCCAAGCUCACAAAAAAAUCUAGAACGAAAUUUCACGCCCCUCGAGUCGCCUAAAUGUUUUUUUCUAGGGCGAGCUGCAAACUGGAACAGUAGUUGAAAAGUAAUAAUAAUUGCUGUCGAGAUUCUUUGUUUAUGACUACCGGACACCCUGUAUAUCGAUGUUCCCAUUUUUCCGAUGGAUUUCGUCACAGUGAGUCGUCACAACUCACUUAAACAAUCUUAAAUGAAAAUUUCCUAAAUGAUUUAUUCUUGGGCGUGCUGCAAACUGGACCAAUUAGAAAAAAAUGUGCUUUCCAGUUCUUUGUUCAUGACUGCCAGACACCCAGUAUGUCGGUCCCUUAUUUUUUUGAUGGAUUCUGUCACAGUGAGCCGUCACAACUCACUCAAAGAAUCUUAAUUUCUAGAGAGUUGUUUCUUCUUGUUGGACCGUGUUCAAGAUUGAUUUUGAACCGAUUUCAAACUUGACGUAUUAAUCUAUUUCACUCAUGAAAACAGACCAUUUUGAAACGGAAGCUGUCAAAAUUCUCAUCCACACUUAGGACCAAAUCACACCAAGCCAUCAAGCUCAAUAUUCACCAUAUCAUCAUCAUAAUCCAUUUUAUUCAAAGCUAGUCAAUUAUAGAGUUCCUGAAUGUACUUGACACUGCUGUUUUGACGUUUUUUGUAUAUCAGAGUACGGAUACUAUGACAAGCACUGACAAUCAGACAUAACCACAAAUAAAUUGAUGGAAAAAGCGGGAACUGACAGUACACGGACGUACAGGGUAUCCCAAUUUGGGCACUUUUGCGGGGUAUCUCCCUUAUCAGUAAAGAUAGAGCAUUGCGGUUUUCGCGACAGUGUGCUACUUUUUUAUGAAAUUAAUAAUGGCGCAAGCAGAAUUGUGGUAGCUCUUCCGGUUGUCUAGAUACAGGGUGGAAUUGAAAAAUAUCACCCCCCGUGUCUCAGUUAUCUUUGAAUUUAUCGAAGAAGUUAAAACUUGUUUUUAUAGAGUUUUUCUCGUAGAAUCCAGUAGCGUAGUUAUUUUUUUGCUAGCACCUUUUGUUUUUUAGUUAUGGAGCAAACAUAUGUUUUUUUAAAUGGAAAAUAAUUGUAUACAAUUAUAUAUUUUUGGAAAGCCCACUUCAUGCUCAAUGUAUAUAUGAAAUAAUAUACAGGGUGUUCCAUUUAAAAAAACAUAUGUUUGUUCCAUAACUAAAAAACAAAAGGUGCUAGCAAAAAAAUAACUACGCCACUGGAUUCUACGAGAAAAACUCUAUAAAAACGAGUUUUAACUUCUUCGAUAAGUUCAAAGAUAACUGAGACACGGAGGGUGCCUGAAAAGUGAUAUUUUUCAAUUCCACCCUGUAUCUCGACAACCGGAAGAGCUAUCACAAUUCUGCUUGCGCCAUUAUUAAUUUCAUAAAAAAGUAGCACACUGUCGCGAAAACCGCAAUGCUCUAUCUUUACUGAUGAGGGAGAUACCCCGCAAAAGUGCCCAAAUUGGGAUACCCUGUACAUGACGUGAAUUCCAAAGGUUUGACAAAUUGAGAGAUUUAGGAGAAAGAUGCAAGUUUGUGCAGUUUCCAACUGUGAGAACACGGGAAAUCCAUUCACUCUAUUCGAAUUUCCAUCGGAUAACGUAAUUCUACAGGCCACAAAAUAUGCGAGGUAUUCAAAUUUCUUGGUAGGAUUUAGAACAUUUUUCAACGCAUUUUCAUCAGGUACACUUCAGAACGAAAGAUUUGAUGUUGAAGAACAGGAUCGUAUUGAGAGAAAGAGCCAAACCCACAAUGUAUAAACUGAGCGAGUAUCGAAAAGAACGUUAUUCCAAUUUAGAACCAACAAGAAACGAAAAACUGGCAGAUAUGAAAUUCAUUUCGAACAUAUUUUGAAAGAAAGAUACUUGAGAAUCGAAUUUUCAGAGCAGGAAUAUUAAAAAAUCCAAGGUUUACGCGUGGAAGAGAUUGAGGAAUUCAGGAAACAAAUAGAAGAAAAAAAUAGCAAUGUGAACGGCGAUCUAUAGCUGUUAUUGUUGCCACAUCAUUUGUUCAUUUAUUGAUUACUUAUUACCUACCACUCUUGUACAAGUGAAAUUGUUCCAUACGAAAUAAAAGUAUGUUUCAUUGGUUGAAAUUUAUCAGUUUUUACCCCAUUCUGAACUUUUGUGAUGAAAAAAUCGACCUCCAUUGAGGUCCUUCAGCCUUAUCAUUCAAUAUUUCGAGACAAAAUAAUUUUCUGAUGAAUUUAUCGUACCCUUUUACCCACUCGAUGAGACGCUAUGCACUCUCAUACAAAAAUCAAAGACAGAGAAAGAUAUAUGGAUGUACUCUUCCCAUGACUUCUGGAGCAAGGAAGAUGCGAGGAUCCUUUAUCUAAGCGAAAAACAUAUUCUUGUCCUUGUCUGGCAAAACAUAUGAUUUGCUUCAAAAUCGUUUGUGGUCAUGUUUGAUUGUCACUGCUUGUCUAGUGUCCGUACUCUUAUAUAUAGAAAACUCUAAAACAGCAGUGUCAAGUACAUUUAGGAACUCUAGUCAAUUCUAGAGAUACAAUAUUCAGCCGAAACAAAACUAAAAAAAACAUUCAUAACCUCAAACAUCAACGUUUUCACACUGCUCUGCUCGUUUUAGGAGUUCAAACCGUUCAUUUAUAAGUUGUUGAACCGGAAUGGAUCGAUUAUUUGGUGUCGUCAUAACUCACACAAGAAAAUGUUUGAUUUCUGAUCGUUUUGAACACGGCAUUAAAAUCAACUCAAAUGAUCUUUUUUUUUGGGCGUGCUGCAAACUGGAACAGUUAUUUCAAAUUAAUGAUGCUCUCGAGUUUCUAUGUUCACGAUUACGCGACACCCUGUAUAUCAAUGUCACUAUUUAUUCGAUGGAUUCCGCCACAGCUCACUAAAAAACAUCCGAAUUUCUAGAGAGUUGUUCCUUCUUGUUGGACCAUGUUCAAGAUUGAUUUUGAACCGAUAUUUCAAGCGUGACUUAUCUCAUUCAAUAAAACAGACCAUUUGAAAGCAAAAGCUGUCAAAAUCCUCAUCCACACUCUGGACCAAAUCACACCGAACCACCAAGUUCAAUAUUCACCAUACCAUGAUCAUAAUCCAUUGCUUUUUAAGCCAGCCAAUUCAAGAGACCAAAUAUUCAGCCGAAACAGAACUAAAAAACAUUCAUAACCUCAAACAUCAACGUUUUCACACUGCUCUGCUCGUUUUAGGAGUUCAAACCGUUCAUUUAUAAGUUGUUGAACCGGAAUGGAUCGAUUAUUUGGUGUCGUCAUAACUCACACAAGAAAAUGUUUGAUUUCUGAUCGUUUUGAACACGGCAUUAAAAUCAACUCAAAUGAUCUUUUUUUUUGGGCGUGUUGCAAACUGGAACAGUUAUUUCAAAUUAAUGAUGCUCUCGAAUUCCGUUCACGAUUACGCGACACCCUGUAUAUCAAUGUCACUAUUUAUUCGAUGGAUUCCGCCACAGCUCACUAAAAAACAUCCAAAUUUCUAGAGAGUUGUUCCUUCUUGUUGGACCAUGUUCAAGAUUGAUUUUGAACCGAUAUUUCAAGCGUGACUUAUCUCAUUCAAGAAAACAGACCAUUCAAAAGCAAAAGCUGUCAAAAUUCUCAUCCACACUCUGGACCAUAUCACACCGAACCACCAAGUUCAAUAUUCACCAUACCAUGAUCAUAAUUCAUUGCUUUUUAAGCUAGUCAAUUCAAGAGACCAAAUAUUCAGCCGAAACAAAACUAAAAACCAUUCAUAACCUCAAAUGAUCGUUUUCGCACUCCUCCGCUCGUAUUGAUCAUUCUAGAACACGUGAUUUUGACAUGGUUUCUUGAGGGGCACACAAACUAUCUGUCAAGUUACCUACCUUUGAUGAGCAUAGCCCUGGCCAUCCCUGCCACAUCCACAAUAUAAUAACAGUUUCACCAAACAGAAUUAUGAAAUUCUUUCUGGUUCCAACUCGGAUUCCAAAGAAAACGAUCCCACUAAUUCUGGUUUUAUAUGACAAAUCUUGACAAAAUACAAUGUUUGCCCCUCAGCAACCUGUCAAAUGACGUAAUUCUGGAAUGAUUAAUUAGUAGUUCAAAUCGUUCUGUUGGAAGUUUUUGAACGGGAAUGAACCGAUUACUGGAUCACGUCAUAACUUACACAAAAAAAUGCUCGACUUCAAAUCGUUUUGCGCACGGGGUUCAACAAGAAAAAUCAACUUAAAUGAUCUUUUCUUGGGCGUGCUGCAAACUGGAACAAUAGUGCAACAUAAGCACUGAUAAACCGUGCACUUUAGCGUCUGCUUGGCCCAUCAAGAAAGCCAAUUUGGCCUUUUGCACUUCGGAUUCUUCCGCUCCUAAUCGCUUUGACAGCUCCAUAUGUUCCAACGUGAUGGAGUCCAGGCUUUUUUUCAGUUCGCC